AGGUAGGACAAGACAGCUGUUCAGGACAGUGCAUACCUGUACAAUGUGACCAUGGAAAUGACGAUGAAGUCCAAAAAGUGUUUGAUAAAGUUAGCAAAGAACAAAAUGGACGAUUGGAUGUACUUGUCAACAAUGCUUGCACAGGAUGGAAGGUAGGAUGUGUAAGCAGCAGUAGCUAUAGUAGUUAAAGUUUCAGCCCUGGAAAACAGAUGUAGCUUUGUUUAUAGGCUGCAUGUGGAUGGCCGAAAGGUACAGUCAAGGCGCUCUUAACCGGCAUUCCCGUGGGAUACUUUGGAUUUUUAAAGUACGGGGAUCAUCGAAGGAUAUUUUGGGGUUUGAAAUUUUCGAUUUGGGAUUUUUUUUGUGUCUGAAAAGUUAUUAAGGAUUAUUAUUAUUUAUUUUGGGGGGGUGAUGGGGGAGGAGGGUGGCUAGCCUGCGUCGCAGACUUAAUUUAACCUCGGUAGGUAACGUCUGCGAAGUAGCGCCGAAAUCCUUGUUCUGGGCCCCAAACGGACUCAGCCAAUCACCGGAAAUGGGUUUCGAAUUUCCUUUCAUCCUGACUGGCUAGUCGACAAUGGUUUUUUAACAGGCCAAUGACAUGGCGCGUACUCAAAUCCAGGUACACAGGUGGGGGCCGAGAACAAGGGUUUCGGCGCUGUUUCGCAGACGGACUUAGUUUCGUCUGUGGCGUAGGCUAGGGGGUGGCUUUAUUUUAGUGGGAAUUUGGGGGGGGGGAUUCAACACAAUCUGAAGAUUCUUGGUAGUACACAUUGUACCAGCGUUUCCCGGCCGCGUAGUUCUGCGAAUAAAGUACAACCAAACUUGUUUUGAAGAUAACUUCAAAUGGUAUGAGGAAUAAACAAUCACAAACAUUCAUUUUUGUUAGUGGUGUAGUUUACUCAAACUCUGGUCUAUAUACAUGUAACGUUAAUUUUAACGUUUUAAAUUUUGUUAUGGUCCAGGCAAUAUCGGAAAAUGCUGAAAAACCAUUUUAUGAACAGGUAAGAUCCUCAAUUUAUAUUUUGAUGUUGAAAAAUUCUGCUCUCUCAAAUAGUAUGUUGUUAUAUAAAAAUCUGAAUCAUCAUACACGUUUUAUAAUUUGAACAGAUGCUUUCUUGCUCUUUGUUGAUAGAAAGGUAGUGUGAGCCAUGAUAGAUCCUUAGUGUCCAAAGUCAAUGCUUCGGUUGUAAUAUUUUCCAAUCAAAUAUUAGGUAGUCAUCAAAAUUUCCGGUUAUAAGUUUUAAUUCAUAGUCCUACUGGUAUUUUUCCUGUAGUUGUUCAAUCAAUGUCUGGAAGAGGGUUCUGAUCAGGCAACCCCGCUUCUCUAUUCAAGAUCUUGCAUCCCGAACUUCUGUCAUCUCUAUCCCGAAAACUCGUUUUCCUUCUCAGUUUCGCAUCCCGUGCCAAGAUUUUAGCGCAUCCCUCUUUCCGACUAGUGGUCCUGAAAUCCCGUAUCCCGUCAAGACAUUUGGCGUUUUCCCUAAUCCCGCAUUAUAUUUCGGUGAAAUCUCGGAUCCCGAGAGAUCCUGUUCAAUAAGACUGACCAUUGUAAAGUACUCUGCGAUAUUUGCGUGCAUUUUGAUUCUCCCCUUAAAUUUGUUUCUUUUCGUGAGCUGUUUUCUUUCCUUCUCAUGAGUGCAUUCAGAGGGAGGUAGACAGUAGCACAGCUUGUAUAUUGGUUACUAAAAGAAAGAAUCUGUCAGGGAUAAUCAAUCUUUAAACAAUCAAUAGAUGUUUUCAGGUUGUAUGUCUUGUUUUCCCAUUUAAGAUCACGUGAUGGUGCCCCAGGGAACUCUUCUCUUUCAAUUGUCGUCCUAUGCACGUGCACAUGUAUGCAUAAUUUGUGAAAUUUCCUUGGGAACAUCACGUGGUGUGAAUUGGGAAAACAAAACAUACAAUCUAAAAAGGUCAAUUUUCUCGACUGAGAACGUAAAUUUUAAGGAGGAGGCGACGGUGUUCGGGGUAGGAGAGGAUGACCCUCCCUGAGCCGUGAGCCUCCGCUUCUACACACACAAACUAAUUUUAUUUCUGACUACACUCCUGUUUCUUUAAAUUUCUUUUUAUUGCCAUUGUUUGGUCAAAGUUAACAUAGCGUACUUGUUUUUGUCUUUUAGCCUUUAAACGUGUGGGAGGAGGUUAACAAUGUAGGGCUUAGGUAAGAAAAUUGCUACAUGUCAUGUCGGUAUGUAGAGAAGGAACAGGCUGUAGCAGUGAUUGUAAAGAGCGUUUUCACACGACGUCCCGGCGGCCAUAUCGGUGUCCCAAACCACUCCUGUGGGAGUUGAACUUUUUCUCAUGUAAAAUUUUUCUUCUGUUCCAAAAAAUUUACAUAGUUGCUGACCACAUAAGUCAAAAGGCUGUAUAUUUUCUGAGUUUAUAAAUGACUGUUUUUUUUUCUCUAACAUCAUCGAAACGUUGCAGUCAGUCUGAAACAUUAAAUGCUUAAGACCGAUGAAUAUUGGUAUUUCAUAAAGGAAAACAAGAAAGAGUCUUUUCGGUCUUCGUAAUAUCAAAAGUAUCGGUGUAAACUUGCUUUCUCUUCUAACGGAGAAGAGAUCUUUAUUGCACUGAUACUUACGGGGUGGAUGUCAGACUCAUAGUAGCUGGUAGACUUUAACUAAUCUUUCGUUUUUGUUUCAACAUUCUUUACAUCUUUUGUAAUUAACUCUUUCAUCUCCAAGUGCUCAGCUUGGUGUAUCACGGUUAAUAAAUGUUGAAGACGAUUUAACACCGGUUAGUUUUUUGCUGAAUGUUCUCUAUCACUGGCGUCCUUUGUGUCCCUUUUCUCCCUCCAGGUCUAAUUACAUUGCCGCGUGGCAUGCAGUUAGGAUGAUGGUUCCAGCCAAACAGGGACUCAUAAUCAACGUUUCAUCGAUAGGAGGAUUGACAUAUCUCUUUAAUGUUGCAUAUGGCAUUGGAAAAGCUGCAGUACGUGCAACUUACUAUAGACUUCAAAAUGAAAUAGAAGUGCGUGUAUGUGUUUUUUUUUUCGUGUGGUUAUGUGUGUAAGCAUUCACGAAAUGUCGUUGGCUUAACAUAACGACACUUGCGUCUCCACUGAGUUGUAGAACAGUCACUAAAAAGUUUAUGCUCUUUCUUUAGAGUGGUUUUCGUUUGAGUGUCGUAAAACCAAAACCAAAGUAAUUACUCUGGCCAAUCACAUAGGACACAGACAAUACAUUGAACCAAUCAAAACUCGAAGUAAUUACAUGUGGCUGACGCAAAGCGCGGGAAAAUGCAUGCGAGCGCGUCACAACUGGCUUUGGUUUUACUUCUGAUUGGAUGAAAAGGUGGCGCGAAUCUUUUAAGCCAAUCGCAUCGUGUAGAAAGUGCAAAACCAAUUACUUUUCGACACUCAAAUGAAAACCGCUCUAUAAUUAGCUAGUUGGAAUAACCCUUAAGUUUCUCUAAGUUAACUUUUAACAACCUCGUCUCCUCUGCCCUUCUUGUCUGCUUAACGACAAAUGAGAGAGGCCCUGGGAACGAGGUUGACUUUUUGACUCACGGCUUUUCCGAUGCGGGUCGGAAAUAUUGAGGGGGAAGAUAGUCUGGUUUUAACACACUUGUGUCCUAAAAUACAGGCAAGUAUGGUUAAGUGAGUAUAUCACAUUUUAUAACAGAACAAAAGUAAAGCGCACGCUCUGAUUGGUCAGGUAGCCAUCUACCACUUGCCUGUUGGUGCACGCCAAGAAAAGCUAGCGAGAAAUCUCCUCUCCUGUGCGGUUUAAAAUGCACAAAUGAAAAGUUAAAGUUGAGGAAAAUUCUCAGUUGUCGUUUUGAAGGAAAGUGAAAAGAUCAAGCGACAAAUGUACCUUGGGGAAAUUCAUCAGUGAUUGUUUUCUUCGAGGCUGGGAGUUCAGAUGAACAACCGAGCGAGCGAAGUUUUUGAAGAAUUUAAGCCCGAAAUUUAAGGUACAUUUUGUGUGUUUUUAUGCUAGAGAAAAUUAUGUUUUGAAAUAGCAGAAUGGUCGUAAGACAACAGCACCUAAAUUGCUUACUCAUCGCAUCAGCGCCGGCUGUGUCAGCGAAUUUUUGCAAUUUUGACUUCCAGAUCGAUUUCUCCUGAAAAAUUUCGAUACGAAGCUAGUCAGAUCAAUUUCUUUUUAAAAUUAGUGUUGCCUGUUAUUCUAAAGGAAAUACAGUCAAUUUUUCUUAUUUCUACUUUACGUUUAUUUCAUAAAUUGUCACACAAUUAUCUUUUUACGUGGCAUGGUUUUUGAGGUUGUGUUUACAGUUGCAGCUAUAGUUUUCCCUCAAAGUAUUUACUCUAACAUUAACAAGUAGACAGACACCAUUCAGAAUUUACCUUAAAACGGAGAACGGUUGAUUCAGCGAAAGAGAAACUCAAAGGCAAGUUGUUGAAAGGCAUGAUUUGUUUACGCGCAGGCAGAUGACCGCACACAUCAACUCGUUUACAGUACCGUUACAAAAGAAAUGGUAAACAUUGCAGCUGUGCAACCAUCGAGUUAUGGAUGCACUUGGGAGGUUUGCUAAGCACUCAAGAAGCUAAGAAUGCUCUCGAUGUAACUUUUACUUUUUUUUUCGUGCUUGGCAACCUCUCGCGUACAUUCAUAACUCGAUGGUUGCACGCUACACAUUAACCAUUUCUUAAUGAUUGGGGAUAUUUCCAUUUUCAUAUUGAAUCAUGUUCUACAGAAUUUUAAUUUGUGCUUUGGUGACCACUCGUUGCUGAAGACGCUUAGUGAUGACCAUCACAAAAGCCUGCCUUCUUAGACAGUGUUCUUAAACCUCGUAAAAUACACAGACGAACUCCCCAUAAUGCCAUAAGCGCCCACUCAUACGAAAUUCGAACCACAGUGGGUCUUGUUCGAGAAAAAGCUUCAACACACCUAUUUUUUGCCAGAAAAUUCAUUCCCUGCAACUUCUAAAUUAUGUGUCCGUGCAGUUCCAUGUUGUCUUUGAAAGUUCUUCGUAUAUACGCUGAAUGGCGUACUAGUGUAUACAGCGAACAAAGAUCGAGAGACCACACCAUACGUCAAGUGUUCGCUUACAAGGGGUUAAAAACAAUUUGGAAAACUGUAAAACUAUCAGACCAGAAACGAGAGUUCUUAUAAUAAGACUUUGACUGGAAAAAUUUUAGUAUUUUAGACAGAGGUCGCUUAUAAGACGUGGUUGCUUAUGACGAAAGGUUAUCGCACAUGGAGUUUCGACUGCAAACGUGUAUCAGUAGGCGCUGUCUUCGAAGUUCUUAAAAUUUCCAAAUUCCUAGAACUUUCUCCUUAAAGCUAAAGACGUUUCUCGGCCUUUUGUCUUUUUCAAAAUCUCAGUGGACAUUCAUUGACUACUACCUUCUAUUUAAAGGGGCAUGUUUUUGAGAUCACCUUGACUGUAUUGAAAACUAUACUUGCAUUCCUGUUUUUCUUAGAAUGAUCGAAUGGCCGCGGACAUGGCUGUGGAGCUGAGGAAAGAGAAUGUUGCCAGUGUGUCGCUUUGGCCUGGAGCUGUGAUGACUGAAAAUGUCAAAGACUUUUUAAGUAAUCCACAAGAUGAGAGGGUAAUGAUCAGACUUGAUUCAAGAAGCACUAAUUAAAACCACCGAAGUGUUUACUACGGUACAAAACGCUCAGCUAAAGAAACAACAACAUCAAAAAACAAAUAGAGGGUGCCAAAGAGUUUCUUUCAUUGGCGCAAAAUUGUAAGUUUGAAAUUUAAGUUUUUUAGCGCCCGCUAUCGAUCGCGUUGGACUACUUGAACUCCUCACUUACUUGAAAGGCCGUCCACUUCUUACUCCCACUAUUUUACUGAAAAAUGUGAAAUCGACUACCGGCUUCCUUGACUUAUCGCAUCCUCACCAGGGUCCGUUUACCAGACGUUUCGUAGUGACCCAGCCAGGGCUCAUGGCUGUUGUAGCGGUCGUAUGGGUUAAAACCACAAAAUCCUUCUUCCCACCCCGUACUUUCAGUGCCUGUUCCCUCCUGUCAAGUUGUCGAAGAGGGGUUGAAAUUUAGGGGACUUUUUUAUAUGUUGUUGUUCUCUGUUGUUCCUUUACAUGUUAUGGUUUUAUGAAUCCAAGGAAGACAAAUAUUUUGUUUACUGACAGGUUGAAUGGGGAUGAAGGAUGAAGGUGUCGUCAAGUACACACGCUAUUGCGUUUGCAAACCAAGAUUUCUCGACACAAUUUUUCGCUGAAUGAGUAGUUUUCCUUCUCAAAUGUGGAUUGCAGAACCUUUUUGGUUGUCCUGAGUUAUUUUGGUGCACUUGGUGUAAAUAAUAAGAUAAAAAAUUAAGCGAAGGCUGCAUGACUUAAGAGGACUCCUGUAUUAAGCGGACAUCACCGAGAGUGCCCGGCGUUGGUAAUUCAUCAAGACAGCAUAAAAAGCAUAAAAAGUCUUUGUAGCCAAUAACAUCACGGCAUAACAACCAGACAACCAAUAACAUCGCGACUUAAUUAACCAAUCAAGUCAAUAACCAGAGAUUAAUACCAUCAACUGACGUGAUACAACUCACUUUGACUCAGAAGAUGACUACCGUACAGGUCGUCGAAACGUCAGUCACUGUCAACGACAGUCCUAUUCAGGACUACGUUCUACGUCCUACUUAUGAAAUGACUCUUGGGUUCAAACCUUUCACAGUCAUAAAAAGAAAUGAUGUUUAAUGAGUUUGUGUAAAUCUUAGUUUAGAUCUUCGAUUUAUUCGGUUUGAAUAAGUGAAACUCGAAUUUAUUAAAAAAAUUCGUUCAUAAAAAUAAACAAAACUAAACUGUGUGUUUUUUUACUUUGCAGUCAAGAAAGGCGGCUGCACUUUUCAAAGAUGCUGAGGAUCCAACAUUUUCAGGCAAGGCCGUGGCUUGGUUGGCUGCAGGUAUUAGUACAGUCAAUACCCCUGAUCAAUCAAUCAACGUAAAAUGCUAUGAUACAUAAUAUUAUCUAUAUUUUUAUAGAUCCAUUGUUUUUUUUAUAUAAUAUUUUUAGUUAUUUUGGAUAACUUAUUAAUGUCGAUAAUUUACUUUCAUGUAAUGCGCAUUUGAUCAUAUUUACAUGUAUUUUGCGCAAUAUAAAUAUUAAAUUAUUAUUAUCAUCAUUAUAAUCCUGGGCGACCUGUAAACAGAGCGUAUAAUAGCAAUUAUUUGUUGGGGCUGAGUAUGAUCUGAUGAAUUCUGGCGAUCGAGAAGGUUAGGUAGAAGUUCGGCAAUUUUUGUCCUUCCAAAACGUGUGAAAUUUUCCGUCAUGUUCUCCAGCUCUACCAAAACAGCUGAGCUAAUGCACCCUCGUCCCCAGGGCUUCUCUGUUGCCGUCCAUUUUUGUGUCGAUAUUCUGUACUAUUGACGUCAUUUUACUGGAUAUCGCAAACGUCUUUCAAAUUUAGUCAACGCAAGCUGACUAUAAAAGAAUUAGCUGGGGAAUUUGAGUUCACCACAUAAACAAUUUGAAUAAUUCUGUUUGUGCUAUUGAAUCGCCCUUGGAACAGCUCGUCCCAGAUAGUUUGGUCUAGCCAAGACACGGUUUCAGACGUCUCUCUCUCGAUGUAAAUUUGCGCACAAACAAAGGCGGGAAGAAGAAAAAGACAAGAUUUGGCAGGCGCUUCGCCUCUCCUUUUUCUCCUUUCUUGGGUCCCUCGCGCCUCGUUACCAAUCCCUCGAGUUUCGCGCUGGCCUUUGUUCCGGACCAAAGUGCGAAAAAGGACGCGCCUGAGGAGGAGGCAGGUCUAGCCCAAUACGCGCUUAGUUUAACAGUCUCUGUCCUUAUUUCUAUAAUGUUAGAUCCAAGCAUGAUGAACAAAAGUGGUCGCAUUCUGGUAACAGCUGAGUUGGCGCGUGAAUACGGCUUUAAAGACUUUGGAGGUUUGUCUUUGUCUUUGUUGUUGUUGUUUUGAUCCAUAUAUGGCAAGGCAGGCGCCUUGCCAUAUAUGGAUCCCUUUACAGUUACUCUUACGGGUUAGCAUAGCCGGCUUACAGUUAUUGAUUGCGAGAAGGAGGGUGUCCUUUAGGUCGAUACCUCGAUACCAUCUAGGUACCCGGUUUCGAAGGACCAACCUGAACUGUUAUAUUAAGCUUAACGUGAAAGUAACUGCUAAGUGGCGUUUUCGCUGACACUGAUGGCUCUAAAUCAUGUAAAACAGAGAUGAAUUGUUUGUUCGUUUGUUUUAAAAUUAGAACGAUAAGAGACCCGUUUUCUUCUUUAUAAUUUGGUAUUUAAUGCCAUAAGAAGUUGGCGAAAGCAGUUUUAAACUGCGCCGGGUUGUUAAUGGAUCUUAUCGACCUUGGAAGCGUAUUUCAAGAAUUCACCCUAUCGUACGAAAAAAGAACUGAAUUUCUUUUCGUUCUCACAAGGGUUAAACUUAGAAAGUCCGUAGUUCUAACCCCAUCAGACGUAUUAAUUAAUGCCCGUUUAUUUCCCUAGGAGCCCAGCCAUUGUCAUUUCGGCAAGUCAAGAAACUCCUCUCGCUUCGAUAUCCUUCCGUGUCGUGGAUGAUCCCCGAGUUUGUUUAUGUUCCGCGCUGGUUGCUGGCAGUAGCCAGUCAUAAGUUUUAAGGACAUGUUGAUGUCAGAAUGCAUUUCAUAGAGUUAUUUCCUGAUUGUUCGCAUUUUAAAUCGUGAAUAUUUUUUUUGUUUGUUUCUUUGUUUUGGUAUUCUUGUUGCUCCUUACAAACUGGAACUACAAAAAAAAUGAUUUUGCUCGUAGCCGGAGUAACCGGGAAAAAACCAGGUAACUAACUAACAGAUAAAGACUAGAGAAAGACAGUAAAAUUUUACAUAUCUAUAGUACCAACAAACCAUGACCUCUUUUCUAGCUAGUAAACAAAUCCCGUUGAAAGAAGGACUUCUUGUCCGUUCGAAAUAUCGGUAAACCUCGAGUCGCUUUUGUCUUUGCUGUUUUGUUAUUAACGUUUAUACCCUCUUGGAGGAUAUAGUGUACGGUAAAAUAUCGCCGUGCGCAGCCAGCUUAGCG